GGCACCCGGGCUCCCUCCGGAGACUCCAGCCCGGCUAGCCCAGCAGCGCAGCCCCCCCAGCCCCCUGCCCCCCCGCCGCGGCUGGCUCCGGGUGCAGGGGGGCCCGGGGCACGGAGCCGAUCUGUCCCGGGCGGCGCUGGAGCCGGAGCCAGCCCGCGGCAGGAACCAGCAGCGGCUGGGAUGUUUUCCCAGGGAUGGUGUUUAUAACGGUGCUGAUUGCCCGGACUCCUGGGUCCUCGGGGGAGAGGCCAGGCGGGAGGGAGCGCUGCGCUCGUCUAGCCUGCCCUGCUGUAGGACCCAGGCUCCCGGGGCUGCCCCCAAAGGACAGAGGCGGGCUGGGCCCCCGGUGUGUCCCGGCCGGGGAGCAGAUGCGGAGGAAGGGAGCGGAGAGGAAGAUCGGCGGAGCAGGAGGCAGGGAGAGUGAGGAGGAGGGGGGAGAAGGACCCCCACCCCCACCCCCAGCAGGAGACCCAGACAGCCGGGGGGGGAUGGCAGCCCCGGCGCCGGUGGGGUUCGAGGAGGUGGCCGUGUGUUUCUCCCGGGAGGAGUGGGGGCUCCUGGACGAAGGGCAGAGGCAGCUCUACAGGGACGUCAUGCAGGAGAACUACCAGACUCUCAUCUCGCUGGGAUUCCCUGUCCCCGACCUGGCUGUGAUCUCCUGGAUGGAGCGAGGGGAAGAGCCGAGGGUCCCGGCUUUCCAGGGCUCUGAGGAAAGGGAGAUCACCCUCACAGGAGGCGAGAGGCCCUGGAGGCAGAGCCAGGAGAAUCCCAUCCAGGGAAGUCUCAAGAGGCUGCAGCCCCAGCAGACCUUCCCAGGGAUAGCCCGGAAGUGGGCCAUGCAGAAUCCCAGCCAGGGCAGGGCUUGGGGGAGCCAGCCCGGGGCACCCCCGCCUGGCAGAUCUGCUACAUCCGGCCGCCAGGAGCGAGGCUUCGGCCGGCUGCUGGGCAUCCUCUUCGAGCCCUCGGCCGCGGCGAGGCCGCCUCGGCCCAGGGAGCACGGGAGGGCCCCUGAGCGCAGCAAGGGCUCCGGGAGGCCCGACAGCUGCACCGAGUGCGACAAGAGCUUCCGGCAGAAGUCGCACUUGGCCACCCACCUGCGCACCCACCCGGGCGAGCGGCCCUAGCUGUGCGCUGCCUUCGGCCAGAGCUCCAACCGGAUCGAGCACCGGCACGCCCGCACUGGCGAGACCCCCUUCCGCAGCCUCGACGGCGGGAAGGGUGUCUGCCUCUCGGCUCCAACCUGGCGCAGCCCCGGUGCCUCCACGCAGGGGACUGGCCCUACCGCCGCGCCCGGUGCGGGAGGAGCUUCUGCCGCAAGCACCGGCUGACCCGGCACCACCAGGGACACACCGAGGAGGAGCAGUGCUCAGUCUGGGACCCAUGGGGGCCGCCCCGGUCGUAGAGAUCAGGGCGGCACCAUGCGCUGGGGCUGGGACGCUGCCAUUCCCGGGGUGGGUAUUGCCUCCACGUUCUGCUGCAAUGUGAUGCUGGAGCGCCAGGGCCGGGCCCUCUGCUGCAGUGGGGUCCCGCGAAGGCGUCUGCAAAGCUCCAGGGAAAGUCACUGGCUGGCGGGACAGGGAGCUGAAAGAGCCAAGAAUGGGGAGGGAGCGUUUAUUGCUGCAGUCAGCAAAAGGUGUUGUGAUUGGUUGAUGAUAAUUAGACGGGGCUGCCACCACCUCUUGGCCACUAAAAGACUGUCAGACAAGCUUAAAGAGAAACUCUACAGCUCAAAGGAAAGGGAAUAAGGGGGACUGUAAAAAUAAAAGCCUUACUUAAGACUUUACUUUUCACAGCCUUCACUGGUUUUCCUUCUUUUUGUGUAUCUUUAAUGCAAGUGUGGAAGAAAACAAUGUCCUCACUCUGACUUUGAAGCAACAAGCCAGAGGCAGCUUUAUUAUGAGCAAUUGCAUAGGUAAGUACACAUGGGCAGGGAUUCCUCUCCCUAGGCAGGUCUCCAUUAGAUAAACAAUUAGGGCAAGCAUUUGUAACUUUUGUUACCGACAAUAAUGAUCAACAACCACAUCUUGUUUAUACAUAUUCCUUCUGAUAUCUUCCUUUUCUCAGCGGUUCCUGCUACAGUGUGUUUUCCAUUCUUAUCUAACACAAG